AUGAAUUUCGAAUUAUUGUCGAAUGAAAUUAUACUUGAUCUAUUCGAUUAUCUUAAUGGUAUGGACCUUCUUCGUGCAUUUUAUGGUAUCAAUGUUCGCUUGAAUUUACUUCUUUACCAGCAAUUUCGAGGUUAUCAUUUUAACUUUUUUUCUGUCUCAAAGUGUCAAUUCGAUUUGGUAUGUCAACAUCAUAUACCAUUUAUUGUCGAUCGAAUUGUGACUCUUACUGUUUCGGACUAUGAAUUAACUCCAGAACAAAUCAAUCUUUUCUUGUCUUAUGUUCCAUCAAUAUCUCAAUUUACAAAUUUACGAUCUCUGACUUUGUGGAAUAUUCGUUCAAGUAGAACAUUAUUAAAAAUUACUGAAGAAUUUCAUCAUCUUCAUAAUCUCAUUCGUCUGAACUUGAGUUUUCAUUUAUAUUAUGAUGAUCAAGUGGAUUUUCAAUUAAUUAAUAAUAAUAUUUUGAGUAUAUCAAAACUUACUCAUUGUCAUUAUGAAAGUUAUUUCGGCAAACAACAAUACUUUCAUAUACCGACAAAAUUAUCUAGGUUUCUCAGGAAUUUAUAUAUCUCUAAUUUUAAGAUUCGAUGGAAUCAAAUAUAUCAAUUAUUUCUAUAUGCAUCUCGUAUGAAACAUCUUUCAAUAUAUAUUGAUUCUGAUGAAAAUGAUCAACAUAAACUAUUUUCUUGUCCGACAUUAAAUGAUUUGAGUAUUAUUAUUUUUAAUAUUGAUGACAAUUCAAAAAUGAUUUCUUUUUUACAAAAUCUAUCAAAUUUACAUUGCUUAAAGAUUAAUUUAGCAGGUAAUUUAAUUGAUGGUUGUCAAUGGGAGCAAGUCAUUCGUUAUUAUUUACCUAAACUCAAAGUAUUUUAUUUAAAUAUGAAACAAAAAUUUUCUGUCAAUCAAAAUAUACAAGAACGAGUUGAUGAAUUAAUUCACUCAUUUGAAAGUUCGUUUUGGAUUAAUGAACAUAAAUGGUUUGUUCGAUGUUUUACAUAUGGCAGAAGUAUUGUUCUUGAAACUUUAUCUGAAAUAUAUUAUCAUUUUCAAACGAAACUUCCUGACUCAUGUAAAUCAACGAAUCCACAAGAUGAUCAUCAAAAGUUUUAUAAUACUAUCCGCAACAUUUAUUGUGAUAGAUUUUUUGAUCAGCCAUUUUCAUUCAAUUUUUGUUUGUCUGAAAUUUUGCAUCUUUCUAUAAAAUUUCCAAUUCAUAAUCGAUUUUGGUCUAUUGUUCCAAGUUUAAAAAAACUCUCUUCACUUACAGUAUCGUCUAUUUCUGAUGCGUUUCAAUCUCAAUUUCAAACGUUGCUUGAUCGUGCACCGCAUCUUCAUAGGCUUAGUAUUAGUCAAGACAAAUCAUUACCUUUGCAAAUGUCAUUAUUCAAAUAUACAACUGGAUCAAUUCGUCGACUUGAUUUAAACCAGUAUAAUUAUCAAUUCAAUGAAGAAGAAUGUCUUACUUUAAGUCAUUCACCAUUAAGUGUUCGAUGUGAAAUACUUUUCAUUCAAGUCACAAAUCGUGAAUGUAUUAUAAAUCUGAUUAAAAAUAUGAUUAAUCUUCGAGCAUUAUAUAUUAAAUAUGAAGAUGGUGAGUAUUUCAAACAUUUAUCAUCAAUCAACAAUGUCGAUGAAUCUCAUAAUGCAAAUACAUUAAAUAAUGAUCAUCUAGUUCAAUGGCUGAAAAAUCAUCUACCAUCAACAUGUUCAAUUGUCAGAAAUUCAAAUCCUAUUGAUCAAAUUCAAAUAUGGAUUCAAUAG